GGCGCUUCCCCUCCAGCCUCAGCCCCCGUGGGGCGGCCCAGGCUCGCAGCACGGAGCUUCUCUCAGUUUCGCUCCGAUCUUUCGGCGCCCCGCUUCUCUCCCUACUGCUGCCCAGCCGGGAACGGAGGGAGAGGAGCGUGCCGGGCGGUGCGGCGGCUCCUUCUCGGCAUGUCAGCGGCUGCCCCGCAGCCACCAUCUCGGGGUGCGGAGAAGAGGAAUGGUGGGGCCUGGUUACUGGAAGAGAACCAUCGGGAACCGUUCCUGCUUCCUUCCGGCCAAGUAACUGAAGCUUCCCGGGAAAGUGGCUCCGCCGAGGGUUUGCAGUCGCAACGACAGCAAGAGGACGACGAGGACAACGACAAGUGGCAACGGGGGAGGCCGCAGCCGUGUCAUGUGGUCGAGGCACCCCCGCCUAAAGAGAAUCCCUGGACGCGUCGAAAGCCUCCCCCCAACUCCGGUAGUAGUUUAUCUCCUCCCAACGCUUCGUCGGGCGGCGAGUUAACUUCGCAGGAUCCGGAACUGCAGUGUUCUACUAAAGUCAUAAAAGCAGGAAAGUUGAAGAUAAAGAAACCCAGUAAGGCAUAUUAUUUCAAUGAUGCAACAAAUUGGCCAACACCAAGUGAAAUUGCAAGCUCUGAGUGUAAAAAUGUAAGUAAUCAGAAUAAAAAAGCUCCAAUAAAAAAAGAGAAAGAAGAAAAAAAUGAAAAGAAAAAUGCCAAUAAAAUAAAGGAAAAUGUAGAGAUAAAUCCAGAUAUUCAUGGAGAAAAUGUUAGUGAAGAUGAGGGUCCGAUUAACAAUCAAAAGAAAAAAGGUAAUAAGCAUAAAUGGGUACCACUUCAUUUAGAUGAUAUGAAGCCAGAUAACCAAGAAAGGCCAGGAUCUCAGAACAGUUCAAGAUCCCAGCCAGAAACCAGCAAGCUUGUGCCUCACAACAACAGACGCAAUGAGGCAAGAACUAGCUGGCGAAGGGAUCGGGAAAAGCGAGAAGAUCAUGAUGAAGUUUCGAGUGUGAGAAGUGAAGGUGGCAGCGUUAGAGGAUUUUACAGAGGACGAGGGAGAGGCAGGGGAAGAGGAAGAGGACGUGGAAGAGGAAAUCCUCGAAUGAACCAUGACUAUUCGUGUGGCUACCGAGAACAGUAUAGUGAAAGGACUGAUCAGCCAUUUCAGCCAGAUCUUAGCACUAAUAUGAUGUAUUAUUAUGAUGAUGGGACAGGAGUGCAGAUGUAUUCUGUGGAUGAAACAUUGCUUAAAGAAUACAUUAAACGCCAAAUCGAGUAUUAUUUUAGUGUAGAAAACCUGGAAAGAGACUUCUUCUUGAGAAGGAAGAUGGACCAGCAAGGAUUCUUGCCUAUAUCUUUGAUUGCAAGCUUCCAUCGUGUGCAAGCUCUCACUACAAAUGUAAACUUAAUAUUAGAGGCCUUAAAGGACAGUACUGAAAUAGAAAUAGUAGAACAGAAGAUGAGGAAAAGGAUAGAACCAGAAAAAUGGCCAAUUCCAGGUCCCUCUCCACGUAGUCUUCCACACACGGACUUUUCUCAGCUUAUUAACUGUCCAGAGUUCAUACCAGGGCAGAUUUUUGGUUCACAUACGGAAUCUGCACCAAGUUCUCCAAGAAUAGGAAGUCUAAAUACUAAGAAAAGCAUUGAAACAAGCAAUCUUGAAGUAAUAUCCAAAGCAUUAUCUACAAGUCUCCCAGAUUUGGAUUCUGAACCUUGGAUAGAAGUUAAAAAAAGACAUCGUCCCUCCUUAGUUAAGCCAAAGGAAUCUGGGUCUGGACGUGAAGAAUUGACAAAUCAACAACUGCCACCACCAUGUUCUGAAGAACAGGAAGAACUUGAUUUUUUGUUUGACGAAGAGAUGGAACAAAUAGAAGGCAGGAAGAAUACAUUCACAGAAUGGUCAGAAAGUGAUUCAGAUUAUGAAAUUGAUGAUCAAGAUUUAAAUAAGAUUUUGAUUGUGACACAGACCCCACCGUAUAUGAGAAAACAUCCUGGAGGAGAUAGAACUGGCAACCAUGUAUCACGUGCAAAAAUUACAUCAGAACUUGCCAAAGUUAUUAACGAUGGAUUAUACUACUAUGAACAGGAUUUGUGGAUGGAGCAAAGUGAAAAUGAUUGUAUUGCUAUGAAGCAAGAAGUUGAAAAUUUUAAGAAGUUACAUCUCAUCAGCAAAGAAGAAUUUGACAGCCUUACUCCUGAAUAUGUAAUGGAUUCAAAUCAGGAUGAUCCUCCUGGUCCUUCAAAAGAUGUUACUGAAGAACUGGCUUGUCAACUGUUUGGUGUCCAGGAAAUACCUCCAACAACAAUGGCUCGCUCACUGCCAACAGCUGUUCCUGAAUCUCCUGGAGUUCACCCUACCAGAACACCUAAAACACCUCGUACACCAAGACUGCAAGAUCCUAACAAAACACCAAGAUUCUAUCCUGUGGUUAAAGAAGCAAGAAUUAUUGAUGUUGGGACACGAAGGAAAAGAAAAACACGGCAUAGUACCAACCCUCCAUUAGAAAGUCAUGUUGGCUGGGUAAUGGAUUCCAAGGAUCAUAGACCAAGAACAUCUUCCAUAAGCAGUUCAAACGCAUCACCACUAGAAGGUGCUCCGCUGUCAGGAAGUUACGGAUGUACCCCUCAUUCACUUCCUAAAUUUCAACAUCCUUCUCAUGAACUUCUGAAGGAAAAUGGUUUUACUCAGCAAGUGUACCAUAAAUACCGCCGUAGAUGCCUAAAUGAAAGGAAACGGUUGGGAAUUGGCCAGUCUCAAGAAAUGAAUACACUCUUUCGUUUUUGGUCCUUUUUUCUCAGAGACCACUUUAAUAAGAAAAUGUAUGAAGAAUUCAGGCAACUAGCUCUAGAUGAUGCAAAAGAACAUUAUAGGUAUGGCCUGGAAUGCUUGUUCCGUUUUUAUAGUUAUGGGCUGGAAAAGAAGUUCAGGCAAGAGAUCUUCAAAGAUUUCCAAGAAGAAACAAAAAGAGAUUAUGAAUCUGGCCAACUUUAUGGGCUAGAAAAAUUUUGGGCUUAUCUGAAGUAUUCACAGUCUAAAACUCCACCUAUUGAUCCCAAACUUCAGGAAUACCUAUGCAAUUUUAAAAGAUUGGAAGAUUUCAGAGUUGAUCCUCCGAUUAAUGAAGAAUCUGGGAGAAAAAGGCAUUUACCUGGUGAGGAAAGUGAUCAUCGCAGACAUCAAUCCAACACUGCUUCCAAGAUCCUUGCUGCAUCAGAAGGCCAUGAUCUGAAACAGCAGGGUUAGCCCAAGCAAUAGGGAAGGCUUCUGGAACUUUGUCACAAGGAAGCCAGGGCUGCAGGAUCGUUUUUUAUCUACUUUCUAGGUAAAUGUGAUAGUUGUCAAACAAGAGUUAUAAAGCGACAAUGAAAACCAAA